CCGUAUUGUAGGUUAAUUCUAAUGAUUUUUGUAGUACAAGAAAAAAUACAUUGACAUAUAAUUAUGACUUACAAUUACCCUUAGACAAAAUGCCAAAGCUGACUAGGUAUCAAGGAAGCACUGGCAUUUAACUAAUUGCAGAGGCAGCAGUAACAGUGUGAGUUUCAGCCAGCAUAUCCAGUUACAAAGGAUGACAUCCUCCUGUUGUGCACGGCUGCAAAUCUCCAAGGCAGGACUGAAGGACACAGUGAACCCAACUCAGGCGCAAGCCACAAGGGUAGUCCAGAAAAAUGAUGACAUCUAAAAUUGACAGUCCUCCCCCCUACGAGGAAGCACUGCAUCAUCCUAAGUGUGAUAACUUCCCCUACCAGCCACAGCAUGGCUCUCCUCUUCCCCCACCUCCAUCUUACAGUCCCAGUCCUGGCUACUGGGGCCAAGGGGGUGUCUACCCGCCGAUCAGCAUGUGUCAAGGCCCUGGCCUUCCUCCAUCUGGGAUGCCCACCACAAUACCGACUCUGUCUGCUGGACUGCCUGCCUCCAACUCAGGUUCUUAGCGAGUGGCACAGUCUUGAAGUAAUCACACCCUGCAAUAUAUUUAGAUUAGGUGUAACAAGGAUAAAUUACCACUUGGCUCUUCCAAAUUCUGCAGGAGAGAUGGAGGAUUUUCUCAGCACCCAGUGGGAAAGCACAUCUGUUCGGCAUGCCUUCAUCAGAAAAGUUUACUUAAUUUUAUCAGCACAGCUUGCUGUCACCUUCUCAGUUGUUGCUGUCUUUACGUUUGUUGACCCAGUGAGGAUGUUUGUCAUCAGUUACCCUGGCAUCUACUGGGCAUCUUUUGUGGUUUACUUUGUGGUUUACUGCAUUCUCAUCUGCUGCAAAGAGCCGAGGAGGCGUUUUCCAUGGAAUCUUGUGCUGCUUGGAGUAUUUACUCUUGCCUUGUCUUACAUGGCCGGAGCAGUUUCAAGCUAUUAUGGAACCAAAGCAGUGUUUAUCGCCAUGGGAGUAACAGCAUUAGUCUGUAUAGCUGUGACAGUCUUCUGCUUCCAAACUAAGGUGGACUUCACCUCCUGCGGCGGACUCCUCUGCAUUGCGGCCGUUCUGCUCAUGAUCAUUGGGAUUGUUACAGCCAUCGUCCUCUCCUUCCAAUAUGUCCCCUGGCUGCAUAUGCUCUACGCUGCAAUUGGAGCCAUAGUUUACACUCUGUUUUUAGUGUACAACACCCAACUUCUUAUCGGAAAUCGGGAGUUGGCUAUCAGCCCAGAGGAGUACGUCUACGGAGCGCUUUCUCUUUAUGUUGAUAUUGUUCACAUCUUCCUCUUCAUCCUUCAAGUCAGCGGAGCUGCGACUGAAUGAGCCAGCGGUUGGAGUUUGUAUAUCGUAUUUGCUGGCAGACACACAGCAAACCGUCAGAAAGAUUAUUACUUAUUUUUUCUACAUCAGUAACACUCGAGCACUUUGUUUGUUGCGCUGUAUGUAGCAGGACUGCAGCCGCAAAGCUUACACUUAGCCCGUGUAAAGGAAGAGAGCUGCUUAAGCUUUGCACAUUUGUAUGCAUUUUAAUAUUUAUGUUCACGUUAAGGAGUGUAGUACUCUCAACUAUUACUUCGAUCAAACCUCCUCAUUAACAAAGUGUUUCUGCCUCCAAAAAAGGGAACAAAGCCAUUUACAGAUCAACACAUUUGUUUUUAUUAUUGUCAGCGCUUAGACUUACAAAACAUGUGUAGUUGGAGGCAUACUGCUGGACACCACAAUCAUUAGUCAAACAUCUGUGCUGGUAGUAAGAAGGUCUAAGAUCUGUUUGUUAUGUACUUUUCAUUUUUCUAAAGAGAAAACCCAGAGAACACGGACUCACCGAUUAAAAAAAAAGAAAAGAGUUGUCUUCUUGAAUCCCUGGCCAUUUCCUUUGUUCUCUUUAAUGUUUCUGUUAUUUGUUGUUGUUAGAAAACGGUGCACACCGAUCAAUAAAUCAUACCUUACUGUUAU